CGUACGAUGUAUGAUGCAGCGCGGCUCGCUCAAUGGAACUCCGAGGGCAGGGUUACGUUGGGCUAACCAUUCUAGGUAAGUAGGCCCUCCAUUCGAACUUCGCCCAAGGCUCCUUGAUUUCCCUUAAAUCAACUCUUCACAACAAUGGAGUCGGUCGGUAGAUAUCCACGCCCGGCGCCACUGGAGACCCUACCUCUUCACGUAUUCCAGUAUGUCUGUAGAUAUGUUACCCGACGAAGUCUAUUCUCCCUCUCGAUGGCGAGCAAGCUUUGCUACCACGCAGCCACGCCACAGCGAUUCUCUCGAGUGAUCUUCACCAUACGCGACAAGGAGAAGCUUCGCAGCGAUUUGGAUAGAUUGGUUGCUGUACUCAGUCGCCAAGAUUUGUUUGGUUAUGUCCGCCGAGUUGUAGCCACUGGCUCUAUGGACAAUGGCGACAAGUUCGAUGGGAUUAAUCGGGGGUUCGCCUCAGUUAUAACAAACGACGACACGGACAGUGACGGCGACAGUGACGGCGACAGUGAUUUUGGCGCUGGAUGUCUUGCAGGACCUCCCUUGUCAGCACAGCAAAAGCAGGCACAACACGAGGCUUGGCUCCCCUUUGCACGCUUCCUCGGCCAGCUCCCUGCGCUCACGGACCUGGUGUAUACUUGCGUGCCUCAGAUACCGCCGUGCGUGGUCACGGCAUUGCACCAACACCACCCGAGGUGCCGUUUGCAUAUUGACGCCUUCGGCCUCGACAGCCUCUGCCAAAAGAGGGACCAGCUGCGCGAUAUCGAUCCGGACGACUUUGCACUGGCCACCUCCCCUUGCCUCUAUAGCGUCCGCGCACCCUGUGCACUACACGACGUUUGGGGCCACUACGACUUCAACAUGGAAGCCUUGGAGCACAUCGUUGAGGUGGGAUGCGCCCCGAAUCUAAAGAGAUUAAAUCUCAAUCAUCGCCCGCUGGAGGGAUUGGAUUUCGAUCGUCCCAGGUUUUCACUUACCCUUCCACCGGUGGAAGCCGGCGGGGUGGUGCGGCAUCGUUGGAAGAGCGUCUUCCACUCAGGCCCGAACCAGCCCGCCACCAGUCCGCAGCAGGAGGCAUCAAUAGCACCGGGGCGAGGCCGCCUUGAGACGUUAGUACUGUCCGGCGAUAGCAACGGUUACUCUCACGUGCGUGACUGGAACGCACGUACUGACUUUGGCCUCCUCCGACGAUUUGAAUAUCAUUGUGGCGUCUCCGUCGAGGCUCUCGAGACUCUGGCCUCGAUAGCCGCGAGCGAAGGGUUCCGCUCCCUCCGAGAACUGGGACUGUCGGUCUCAUCAGACGACCAUCUCCAAAAUAACACCGACCACCUCGACGGGCCAACCGGUUCUUUUCUACAAGCCCUGCCUCCCCUUGAAGCUCUCACGCUCAAGCGUCACUUUAGCAAGCACACCAUCGAGGCGGUCCUUCAACGCCAUGGUCCCACUCUGCGCAGGCUAUACCUGCCUCCGCCUUACGGCGAAGACGACAAGGAUCUUAAUAUUGACGCCGACCGGGUCCGGGAGAUCCAGGAAUGGUGUCCCAGGCUCGAGGAUGUCGAGCUGCGGGUGCGGCGCCGCCAGGGCGGGCCCGAGGAAGUGGCCGUCUACCGGACACUGGGACAGAUCCCUCAGCUGCGGCGCGCUACGCUGGUGUUCGACUGCCGGUCGCCGUAUCGAGAGCCGGAAGGUGACGCCGAGAGGGUCCGCAAAACGCUUGUCAACCUCGCCGUCGACGAAUCUCUCACCACCGCCAUUUUCCACGAGAUCGUCUCUGCCACCACCGACUGCCGGCUGGAACAUCUCACGCUUAGGCUGCUCACCGGAGACACCAUUACCAAAGACUACCCAGAGAUUGAUUAUUUCGGGACGUGGAUUGGGCGGAGCUGGGCAUGCACGAGGUGUGGAACGAGCGGCGAAGUGACGGUGCGCGAGAUCGAUGUUGACCCCGAAUUCAGGCAGUCCGUGCGAGACGAGCUCGAGACAAUCGAAUAUGAAGGCGAAGACGUGUGGAGCGGGCUAUGGCCGCGCAAAGCUAAGGAUUGGAAGGACGACUGGCACAGCUUUCCUCUCUGGCGCGAGGAAGUUGAGGGUGAUGUGCCGGGUGAGGAAAGGCGCAAUGACUAUUUGGCUGCCCCUUGUGAGGGUAAGAGGGGAUGUAUUAUGACACCGCCCUCGGCAUAUGCAGGAAGGUGUCCCCUACCAGCCGUAUCAAAUAACACGAUGAAGCCCGCUAGAGCUUCUCCACGAGUCAACGGCCGCCCCUAAGAUGUGUUCCAUGACGCGUCAACACUUAACUAAGCGGUGUGCGGGGGUAACCGAGAACGACACUCCAUCCCAAAGGCAACUUGGAAGCGCUGCUCGCCGUUAAUGAAUCCCGCUUCAUGAGAUCUGGCGGCGCUACGUGUACACCGCACUGUUACUAAGUUGCCUCGACAUUAAUGAUUACGGGGACCAACCGCGGUGAGGAGAGCUCGCUUCGGCAGUCAGCACUACACUUCGAAGCCCAAAAAAAUAUCAUUCCUUGCUAGGCGAGUUCGGUCCCGAAGAUGGAUUUGGAAAACAUUGCGAGGGAGAAGGGGUUGUGUUUGAAAUUGCGGGGGCCCUUCCACACACCACACACGCCCUUCACACACUCCUUCUACAUCUUUUGAUAUUGCAACCUCGGAAACUAACAACCUCGGUUAAGCGGCGCGCCGGUACACCAUUUACAAAUCCGAUUUCGCCCCUCGAACGGCACCACCCCAGCAUAGCAGAUC